AUGAUGUGGAAAUCAGUGUCUCUUCUAACCUUCACGCUAGUUGCGUGCUCGAGCACUCAGGUCGUCGGUCCUCCACUGGAGGUAAACCCGGCUUAUGAUCCGGUUCCAGCUUUUGCUGUUAGCCCCCCUCUCAACAGUGAAGGCUAUCGUGUUGAAGGGUUUAGCAAAGGGGCGUAUAUGAUUACAAACGGCUAUUAUCAAGCAAUGGCUCUGGUCUCAACGGAAGGAGUCAUUAUGGUUGAUGCACCGCCAUCAAUCGGACAGAAUCUGCUCUAUGCAGUCGGAAACCUCACCCACCUUCCCAUCACACAUCAAGUUUACAGUCAUUCCCAUGCCGAUCACAACGGUGCUGCAUUCCUGUAUGGUAACGUGACUCGAAUCGGACAUCGCCUCACUCGCGAAUAUCUCGCAUUGGAUAAUGACCCUAAUCGCCCGUUGCCAGAAAAUACGGGUCCUAAUCAUACCCCGGAUAACUGCUUUAUCUACGCUCCAGCACAAAAAGUGUUGGUGUUUAUCGAUAUCGCGGGUCAUUUGACUCUGUCGGGCACUAGACAGGAUGUUGAAGAUAGUUAUGGCUAUGUAUCAGAUCUGAAUGCGAAUUUCCGUGAAGCGUAUCUGUUGGGAAUCUCUCCGGCGAAUGCUACCAACAACCUCACAGCGGCAACUCUACAAGCGGAGGCGCUUGCUGCCAAUCCAAAUAAUCCGUAUGCAGCACUUUCAAUCGUAAUCAACGCCUUCUCCAACUAUUGUAAUGAGGUGACGAACAAUAAAUGGAGCUCAAAAUUGGCAGGAACGGAUAUGUAUGGGCGGAGUCAUGCGUACGCGAUCACUGAUGAGUUGAGGUUCGAGCAAGACGUUCCUGGGCCAUACUCAGCGGUCACUGACUGA